AUGCCUAUCGCCAACCCCACUACACUCGCAAAACUUUCAUACCUUCGUGAACCUGCCGAGAAACAGAAUGAAAGAGCUAAGCAGUUGCUCGGGAAGACUCGCCAGCAGAAGGCUCAAGACUCACACCGGCCAUAUAACUCUACUGAAACUCGAGAAGCUGUCACCAAAUAUUUUGACGAGCUUCCUGAUCUUCACGUCACCCCAUACCACUGGCAGGCAGGGCAUGCCACAAUUAUAUCCGUGCGAGUAUUUGUCCCCUCAGAGGCCUCUCUUUCAAUGCUGCCACUCACAUUUGCUAAUGGAUAUAAGGGAGGAUUGCUACUCGGAGGUCUCGCUGCUUGGCUCACGACACCUCCCCCUGUGGCGACAAGGUUCGACUACAGCACGCGUGGCCCAUAUAUAUGCCUCCUCGUGUCGUUUGCUUUCACCUGGGGAGGUCUCAUCGCUGGCUCCGUCCUACUGUACACAAUACCAAUGUGUACAGGAUCAUGGUUCUUUCAGACCCUGAUGGGCACCCGUUCCCACGUCUGUUGCACAUUACUCCUGAUCACAUAUCCUUUCCUUUCCAUGGGUUUCGCGACCGCCGUUGGGACCAUUGGACUGCUCUUGGCUGCAUGGAACUCGGAGGACAAUAUCAUCCGGAUUGGCUGUGCAUUUGUCGUCCUUGUACCGGCGUCUUUGGCCUUUGUGGGGAUGUGGACACAGAGGUACUUGGUAAGGGACUGGGUCCUGAAUGAGACCCACUCACGAACUGUCCGGUCUUCGGGAUACCGAGAUCACACACCCUGA